ACACCAUCAACAAAAACCCUUCUCCUCUCCACAUCUCUCUCCUUCUUCCCUUUUGCUUCCCAAACAACCAACAAUGGCGAUUCCCGCCGUUACCGUGGCGCUAUCGAAGUACAACGACGUUCUCUCCGAAACUCAGUGCGGAGCCGACGAAAACGCCGAGGAGCUGGUGACUGAGCUAACAUGGAUGCAGUGUUUCCUGGUCGAUGGCGAGAAAACGGCGCAAGGCCGCGUGAGAACCGACAUCUGGUCCUCCGCCAUUGAGCGCCUCGCCGUGUGCGCGCAAGAACUACACUACGGCUACUCCGCCGGCCGCUCUAACAAGUCCAGGGACAUCGCUAACCUCAACGCCCGUUUCGCCAGUCUCCGGGCAAAAAUCCAACCUUUCCUCACUUGUCAAGCUCCCACAUCGGAUUCUGCAAACAUCCCAGCAGAUUUUGGACCUGGAAUUCAAAUUCCUAAAGAAAUACUGGUUGGAGCAUGGGGAGGUCCCGGUGGGAGUAAAUGGGAUUUCAAGCCUAAAGGGCUGAUCAAACAGAUAAGUAUUACUCAUGGUACGAUCAUCGACUCCAUAACUUUCACCGGCGUGAGCGCAGACGGCCGGGUGGAGGCUCCGAUCAAAUUAGGAGGCCCUGGUGGCAGUAAAACCAUCCAGGUGAAUAUCAACGGUCCAUCAGAGUACCUGAGGGGUGUGAGUGGAACAUAUGGGAAUCACCAUGGCCUAACGGUUAUAAGGUCGAUCAAGUUCGAGACCAAUGUGACUACACAUGGACCACACGGGUCUAACGACGGGACGCCGUUCUCAUUUGUGGUGCAGGACGGCAAGAUUGUUGGGUUCCACGGCCGUGCCGGCGACUUUGUUGAUGCUAUUGGUGUUUAUGUCACAUCUAUAGGACCUCAAAGUCUUCCAGUCUCCUCACCAAAUCAAAAUUGCUCAUUUUCAAUCUGCCUUUUGCUUUGCUUCUCAAUUUUCAUCCAAGAAAUCAUGGCAUCCGCAGUUCCUAUGGAUAUCAUUGCUGGACCAUUUGGAUUCGCCGGUGGAAAUUUUUGGAGUUUCCGACCUGUAAACAAGAUAAACCAGAUAGUCAUUCAUUAUACCACUGGUAACAACCCCAUUGCCUUAACUUUUUCUAGCACUAGAGAUGAUGGUUCAAAGGAUACAAUCACAGUAGGAGGAGGAGGACCAGAAGUCGUCGUUAACACUGACACGGUGAAUAUUGGCGCGGAUGAAUACUUGGUUCAUUUUAGUGGAACGUUGGGAACUUUCUUGAGUAACAAUGUGGUACGUUCAAUAAAGUUCACUACCAAUUUGAAAGACUACGGGCCUUUUGGACCCAAUGUUGGAGAGCCAUUCAUGCCUGUGAAUGUCGUUCCCAAUAAGAUUGUUGGAUUCGUUGGUCGCGCUGGAUACUUUAUUGACGCUAUUGGUACUUAUAAUUCCGAUAAUGAGAGUUGGCAUAUUGGGACCAUCCACAAGUUUCAUACACAAACUUACCUAUACUUAUUGCCUUCAUUCUCUAUAUAUAAAAGUGACCUCCAAGUCUUCCUAGCCUCCUCACCAAAUCAAAAUUGCUCAUCUUCAAACUUCCUUUUGCUUUGCUUUUCAAUUAUCAUGGCAGCCCCUAAGGAUACCAUAUCUGGACCAUGGGGAAACAUCGAUGGAAAUUUUUGGAGUUUCCGACCAGUAAACAAGAUAAACCAGAUAGUCCUUCAUUAUGGCGCUGGCUACAACCCCAUUGCCCUAACUUUUUCUUGCACUAAAGAUGAUGGUUCAAAGGAUACGAUCACAGUAGGAGGAGGAGGGCCGGACCGCAUCAUUGCUAUUGACACGGUGAAUAUUUUUAAUGCGGCUGAAUACUUAACCAUGAUAAGUGGAACGAUUGGAAUUUACGAGGGUAACAAUGUCUUACGUUCAAUAAAGUUCACUACCAAUAUGAAAGAGUUAGGGCCUUUUGGCCAGAAUGAUGGAGAGCCAUUCGCGGCUACUGUGAAUUUUGUUCCCAAUGAGAUUGUUGGAUUUCUUGGUCACUCUGGAUACUAUAUUAAUGCUAUUGGUACUUACAAUAUUCCUAAGUGAUUAUGUUGCCGAUCUCUCGUUACUCUCAAGCUUAAUGCUCAAUUUGAACAUCUAUAUGUGCUGUUUGUUGAAUAUGUUCCAAAUGAUUUGAAUUGAAUAACGUUGUUCUGA